AUGAGCCUUCUCGCGAACCCGCUUGCGACGCCAUCGCAGCUCUAUCGCCGCGCUUCGUCCUUGACCUUGCCGCGAGAUCUCGACGAAGCCGUACUUGUUGCGACGCAAUGCCUGACUCAGGCGGCAGGCCGGCUGUUGCAGCUGCCUCAAUCGGCAACGGCACAGGCUAAUGUCCUGCUGGCACGGUACUGGCUGACCGAGUCGCCAAUGGCUCAUGAAUUCAGCGACGUAUCUGCUGCCACGUUAUACCUCGUCUCCAAGUUGGGGCCACUCCCUCGCUCGCCGCGUGAUGUCUCGAAUGUUUACGCCUAUCUAUCUUCUGCCAACUCGGCCCUCUUUCCCACAGGCGAGCUGCCCAAGGACGACCCGCGGGCAUACUACCAAACCGAGGCAGACUACUAUGCUUUCCAGCAGCGGAUGCUGGGCCUAGAGGCUCGCAUCCUUCAGUCGCUAUCAUUUGAUACCCACGUUUCUCUUCCGCAUCCGUUAGCCAUUACCUACCUUCAGACUCUCGACUUCCUAUCACAGUCACGGACAACAGUCUCUUUACGAACGAUACAAUACCUCAACACUGCUCUACUAUCGCCCCAGAUGCUCUACGUCACUCACCAGCCAAAUGCCCUAGCCACAGCAGCGAUAUACAAUGCGGCGCGCGAUCUAGGCGCCAAGAUGCCGGAGCACGAGUGGUGGGAAGUCUUUGACGUUGACCGCGAAGAGCUGGGGUUUCUAGUGGUUGCCAUGCGCAGCGUCGAGGGAUGGAUGCAGAAGCUCAGGGAUGACUUUCCGAGCUUUGGCAGCAAGAUGCUAAAGAGAAGCAUGGUCGAGGACGAAUUACACAGGAGAGGGCUACACGUCGGCAACGGGGACAAUGCACCCCGGGAUGAAGAGGCUGAAGUUAUGCGAAUGAUGGACAGCCGGUAA